AUGAACGCUGAGGAAUCCUGCGAGUCGGAUGACGAAGCGGAGCAAGAAUCAGUUUCUCUACUCUUGUACAUGUUGGAGCAGGUGUAUCAGUCGGGCUUCAUCUCGCUGCUCUACAGCGUCGGUCCGCGACCGCUACAGCUGUGCGAGAAGCGCGAGGACCGUGGAAGUAUACGACGCGUGCUCGAUGAAGAUGUGCAGUCAUCUGUCGUGGAGCUUUUAGCUGGUAACCUUGCGCAUACUUGGCUUCGAAUCCCUUUUGGUGCACAUGAGCAGCAACAAGAGUCGCUGUUGGCAUCAGCGUUGCAUAUUCGAUUGCGGCACCUGAUUCUGGCGCUCAAAAACCUCGACCAGCACGUGUCGCUGGAGGUUCACGUGGCCGACGAUCGCAGCAUAAGAAGACGCUUUUGCUUCUCUACGUUCCAGAAGAGCAGUGCCGUGCAUUCUCAACUUGCCCUGCUGCCGCUACAAUUGGACAGCGGCUGGAAUUAA